AUGAGCUUUCUCUUCUUGUCACAAAAAGCCACAGCCUGCGAAGUGCUCGGCAGUAGGAAGAAGAAGUCGCUAUCCUUGAACCUCAGAGGGUCCCUCUUCGACCCGGCAGAUUUGAGUAUUAUCUCCAAACAGCUGGAGGCAUUCUUGAGUCUUUGUGCAACUUGCAACGUUUAUACAAUCCUCAAGGUUGACUCGGAUGAAGAAGAGCAACGCAUUCUUAAGGCGCUUGAAGAUUGCGGCGCCUUCGAUGCAGGACUUAUGCGGCAUCGCGUCAUGUUUUGUUCCUCACAAAGUGGAGCGGUGGCUAUGAUCCGUCAGCUGCAGCCUCAUGCCCACGUAGAAAAUGACACUUGGAUAGCUGAGCAACUCAGCGGGAAGAUCCGAGCCGUCUGCUCUGCUAAAGAAGGCCUUCAAGUAAACCCUAAACCCUAA